ACCAUUUGUUGAUUAGUGUUUGUUUUGGAGCCACUAAACCCUCCAUAAUCCCAUUAAUCCCGAGAAACCAGAAAGACACUUCAUUUCACAGCAGUUAGGUUUUGCAAAGCAAAAAUGUUUCAUUAGAGUAGUGGGAGAUCAAAACGAAAGCCAAAGAAAUUCCAUCCCAUUCUCUAAUCGCGUUACACCCAUUCUCUGUUUCGCAAUGCACUCUUAAGCACUUGUCAUUUCCACGUCCCAAACAAAACCCAUUCCAAUGGCCGAACGGCCACAGAGAAGAAAGCUCCUCAAAGCAGCCCCAGAGAGCGAUCAGAACGACGCCAGUGACAGACUCAGUGCACUUUCGGAUUGCGUCCUUCUCCUCAUCCUCUCGCGCUUGGACACAAAAGAAGCCGCGGUCACUUCGAUUUUAUCCACCCGAUGGAGACACCUUUUCCUCUCGCUGCCCCAAAUCACUCUACAGUUCUCCCCAAACGACGACGUUUCACACCGCGAGAGGCUCUUCAGCAUUUUCACGCCCUUCGCCAACAGAGUCCUCCGACACCGAAACAAUGCGCCUAUCAACAAGAUUCGACUAAGCGUCACCCACUCCGUCGAAAGCUUCCGACCGGGUUUUCAGUCCUUGCUGUGUUCCGCCGCCGCCGCGCUGGCCACUUACAGGGUCGAAAACAUUAGCGUUUUCGUCGAACUCGACAAAACGACCGAGCCGUUCCGCGUUUCGGUGCCACGUGGGAUGUUCUCCUCGGACACUCUUGUCGGGUUGCAUCUAAGCCUCCGCGUGAGAUGGAGCGUUCCGGAACUCGUUUCGUUGCCGAAUUUGAAGUAUCUUCACUUGGUCUCGUUCAGGUUGGGGGACGAGGAUUCUGUUCCGAGGUUUCUCCGAGGUUGUCCUUCCCUUGAGAAUUUGGUGCUGAUUCUGCGGGAGUUGGAUGAGGGUGAGAGCGAGGAAGGUGGUGGAGUUGAGACUCUUCGCGUCUCGAGUCCCUCGCUGAAGUGUGUGAUGCUGUUUUGGGAAGAGGAGGUUGAAUCGGAUUUCAAUGUUUUCGUGAGGUCGGAGAGUCUCGAGAGCUUGUUCUGCUCUCUGCAGGGGCGGCACAAGGUUACUGUGGAUGCGCCGAAUCUGAAGUCUUUGAGCCUUGUUGGUCACGUGCUUGAAGUUGACAUAAUUCAGAGCUUGGUGUCUAUCGAUGAGGCGGUUAUAAAAGCUGGGUUUCUGUUUCAGGUGGCGGAUGUGGAUGAUUUGAUUUUGCGCGCGGGUCAUGCUUUCACAUUUUUCAGUGGCUUGCAGCAUGUGAAGUCUCUUAGUUUGUCUGAGAAUAUUAUGAAGGCUCUGUAUUUUUCUCCACCAGUAAUGCCAACUUUCAGGAACCUGGUCAAGCUAAAGCUUACGCCUGUCUAUUGCCAUUAUUUUCCUCGAAACUGGAUCCUACAGGUGUUAUUCAAAUUGUUUGAAAGUUCUCCAAACGUUGAACUGCUUAGCUUAAGUGAGGUAAGUGACAACUACUUUGGCGAAGAUGCCGAUUUUGAUUCUGUUUUUCCGCGGGCUCUUCCACUGUCUUUCGUUGAACAUCUUAAGGUAAUAGAAAUGAAUGAUUUUAAAGGUGGGGAGCAUGAAUUCAAGCUGGUGGAAUAUUUUUUGAAGAAUGGUAAAUCUUUGGAAAAGAUUGCUCUUGAAAGAGAUGGUUGGAAGUCUGUUCCGAAAGAUUGCCACAGGAUACUUUCCUUCAAGAAGUGCUCAGAGGAUUGUCAAAUUGUAUUCAGAAAGAAAUGGGAUUUUAUAAAAUGCCCGGAAUUGCGACAGGCAAUGAAUCUUUCUCCUUAAUGUUCCUGAAUCUUUCUCCUUAAUGUGCCUGAAUCUUUAUCCUUAAUAGGUUUACUUUUGUGGCAAACUGAUAGGCAUUAUUUCGGUAAUUUCAGUUGCAGAUUAAGAAAUUCUUUUCAUGGAUAUAACAUCUUAGAGCCAAUUUUUUUGUGUAGAAGUGUUCUGUUCUAAGAUUUAGAAAUUAGUAUUAAUGCACGGUUUAGAAGUUUUUCUAAAUUGGUCGUUCAUAUUUUAUUUUUUGAUGUGAUUGAUGACCUUGCUGUAGAAGUGUAAGCAAGUUUUGAAGA